AUGAAUAGUCAGGCUACCAAGUCUGGCAGAAGUAAAUGGCAUGUCAUACUUGGCAGUUCGCGGGUGUCGAGAGUAUCGGGAGGACCUGAUUCCCCGAGUAUAAAACCUGUAGCGACAGAAAGAUCCCCUCAUGGUACCUUGCCUAGCAGAAGACGCUCGGUAUCACACAACCGGUCUGGCAUUGACACUUCUCAAUCACCAUCAUAUUCGCCACCUGUACCUCUGUCUCGUCAAACGUCGUACACUUCAAAUACCGCGACUCCAGGCUCUAAUCUGCCUCAGGUGUCCCGCCGUAACUCGCAUUCUCGGGGAAGCACACAGGUUACAGUCACCACUACUCGUACAUAUGAAUGUCCUUUACCCCCUGCACAUCCACCACUGUCACGAACGAGCUCCUGUACCAGCCAUCCUGGUCAGGAGUGUUGUAUCGAAAUGACUGAAAAUGGACAUAAAGUCCAUCGGAUACGCUCGUACUCGAAGGAUCGCGAGUCUGAACACAAAAACGGUGUAAAUAAUGUGUCUCUUUAUGCCGAGUCACAAAGUAUUCAAGCGAAAAGGAGACCCUCGUCCUGUAGGUCAAAUUCAAGAAACAUCAGACCACAAGAUGAGAGGAAUUCAAAUGAGGCGGAUCGUGGAAGAAGAAGCUCGUCGUCAUCUUUCAAGGCAACUGAUCAUACAGUUGCCGGGGUUACAGGUAAUGACAAUCGAGCACCUUCUCACACAUCAGUCAGGCCAUCAAUGUCCAGGCAUACUUCGAGUGAUUCGAGAAUACUUGAAAACAAGGAGCAUCCUCCUUACCAUCAAGUCAAUGCAAGACAGUAUUUUGAAUCCAGGACCCAGCGACCUCAGGUCAAAGCAUAUUCUGCUUCUCCACAGCGUUACGAAGACAGCGGAACAUACACUCAAAGUAGACCUUCACUGAAUCCACUAACAAGCGUCAAUGCCCCAAAGAUUGUGUCCGAGAGACUUGUCCGUACCUCGCCGUCGACGAAUUUCAAUCCUGAUACCAUGGACAUUGUGCGCUUCAAACCAAAUCUACAGGGACACGGCCCUGGAUCAGCCUAUAGCUUCGAGAUCAGACCGAAACGGAUCUAUACGUCGAUAGAUGAUAUAAUGAUAACGUCACCAUAUCAUUUCCCACAGGAGGAGGCCGGUAAGAUAGUCUGGAGAGCUGCUUGUCCACACACGGACGGCACAGGUGAUCCUGCAAAAUGUAAGACCUUACAUUACCCAACUGAUCCCUCUUCCAUUCGCUAUGAUACCAUCGAGAACACCGACAUCACCGACUAUAAUGUAUGCAAAAUACCGCCGGAUCAUCCGUCGGUCAAGGAAGUCAAGUUAGACUUCGAUGUCGAAUCCUUCCACGACACUGUCUGUGCCAAAGAAGCCAUGCAGAUGCGCAUGGCACGAGAGUACUCUGUAUGGUCGCUGUCUUCUGGAGGAGCGGCCACACUGACGGCGGAAAAUGUAUUAUAUUCACUGGAAAUGUCCCUUAAUUCCCUUCGGUCAGAUCUUGAAUAUCACAAAAAGAAGCUUGCAGGGUUAGAAGAUCUUGAGAAAAGAUUCAGACAAGCUUCGAGGUCUAUACAACACUCAACAGGCGUAUUGGAAAAAUUGAAGUACAGUCGAGAUACGAGAUCUGAACCAACUGAACCAACUGAAUUGAGUACGAUGCUAAACAGGUUUCAAAAGAACUUUCAUGACACAACGGGGUAUACCAAAAGUGCCAUCAGUACACUUCUCAGCACGAUCAGCAAUAGACCUUAUAAAAAUAGUGGAAUCACAAGAAAAAAAUCUGUCAGCUUCAACGACAACAAAACUACUACUGACAUUCGGUACAGUGUCGAUGGGAAGCCUAUCAUCAGGUCCACCGUAAGUCCACUCGAUCCUGAAUUUGCGUCAGUAAAUACCACCGAGACAUCAAACGUCAGCAAGACUCCUGGGGCCGAAUUUCGAAAUGACCAAAUGGAGUCUUACUGUGAUAAAGCUCUUACGAAGGCAUCAUCAUUGGCUAGGGUUCAAGAAGAGUCAGGAGUCAUUCUUACUCGGGGUAUCGAAGAGAUGAUGAGGUUUGAGAGCGAGUUGAGGGGUCAUCUGAUUGGGGUAGCAACAUCGAUGGAGGGAGUACAGAACCAUGUUGAUUCCUACAAACACUUUACGGAAAACGAUAUGAAAGGAUGGCUGACAAAGGAAGAGCAGCGAUUAGCUACUACAGAAUCUCAAGCCAAGCAGCUUAGGUGGGCUUUGACGCAUUGA